AAACAGCCUGUAAAAACGGUUAGACGAAGUCAACCGAAAUAUCGGAAAUAAAAUUGUUUUAACUGACCUGCAGCCGAAACCAUUAAAUGUCCCAUUAGGAACGACCGAAAUGCGAACAUCGUCAAUCCUGAUCAUAUGUUACAUAUCAUUUCUCUACUUGUUCCAAAAGUUAGUCUGUUUAUUAAAUUCAUAAUAAAACAUUAGUCCUCAAAUCAUGGCCAAAUUGGAAGCAUCUGCAGUUAAAAAACAAAAAGCAAAGAAAAGGAAAAAUCCCAAUCCCGAGCAUGAGGAUGAAAUAGCAAAUAAAAGUAUAAUUUUGGAGAACACUACACUUCAAGACAAAGAAGACAGAGAGGAGAAAACACCUCAAGAGAGUGCGAAGAAAUCUAAAAAACGUAAAAACAAGGAAAAAGGUGUCAUCAAAGAGAAACGUACCAAGUCUCAUGCUGGCGAUGAAGACACUGGCCACGAGGAAGAUGAACAAAAUGACAAUGAGGAGGAUGAUAUACAGCAGCCCACAUUGGAGCAGUUAAAGGAGAGUGAAAAACCUGAAAACAAUUUGGCUAUAGUCACAGGACGACAAAAGAAAAAACAAAAGCACUUAAAAUUGUUGGAAGUCCACAAGGGCCAGUCAAUGGAGAAGGAAAAACAACGCAAUGAAGAAUAUCUGAAAAAGUGGAAAGAUUCCCGUGAUGUAUGGAAAUUCGAAAAACUACGACAAAUUUCAAUACAGCAAACCAUGCUGGAGGAGCAUAUGAUGAGUCCCGACCUAUGGGUCGUUGCACUUGAAUAUCUAGGAGGAAGUAAAGGAGCUGCUAAGGAAAAAAUAACUAAAAUUGCCAAUGAUGUUAUCGACGAAAUCGAUACAAAAUGUGAGAAUAACGACGAUGAGACGGUAAAAAAGGAAUUGGUCAAUUCUGUAAAGUACCAAAGAGCGCGAGAUCUUUUGCAGAUAUUCGACUGAAUUUCUCUUUUGGUAGAAACAUAUUGUAAACCUGAAUUAAAUUAAAUUUUUUUUAUUUUUCGACCAUGUUUCAUGUUGUAGCAUAGGAAAAAUUAUAAGUAUAAAUUAUUUUGAAGGAAA